AUGCAAGUGCCUUGUCGAACUAAAAACGUGAAUAAAUAUUAUAAGGUGAUUGCAGAAGUAGGUUCUGGAACUUAUGGGAAAGUGUAUAAGGCGAAAUGUUUAAAAACAAAUGAUUUCGUAGCUCUUAAGAAAAUUGAUACAAAGGAUCAAAAAAUUAUGGCAGAAGGAUUCCCUAUAACAGCCAUAAGAGAAAUCAAAUUGUUAAAAAUAAUGAAUCACAAAAACAUUCUAAGAUUAAGGGAAAUCAUUGUAAGCAAAGCAUCUCAUAGGAAUAAUUUCAGAGGUUCAACCUUCUUGGUUUUUGACUAUUACGAUCAUGAUUUUGCUGGUCUCCAUAGACAACGAAAUAUAUUCACAUUACCAUAAUUAAAAUGCAUCUUUAAACAACUCUUAGAAGGUGUUAAAUAUCUUCAUGACAGUAAAAUUAUACAUAGAGAUUUGAAAUGUGCUAAUAUUUUAAUGAAUAAUAAAGGAUAAGUGACAUUGGCUGAUUUUGGUUUGGCCAGAACAUUGUCUAAUGUGAGCAAUCCCAAAUACACAUACAAGGUAGUAACCCUUUGGUACAGAGCCCCAGAACUUCUAUUAGGAUAAACUAAUUAUAACACUUAGAUUGAUAUGUGGAGUCUUGGUUGCAUAUUUACAGAAUUAAUAACCGGAGAUGUUCUUUUCAAAGGGGAUAUUGAGUACCGCCAAAUGGAGAAGAUCUAUGAAUUAUGCGGUAGUGCUAACGAAUAGAAUUGGCCUAAUUGCGUCAACUUAAGACAGUGGGAGGAAUUCAAGCCUCGAAGAAACUACGAGAGAUUACUUACUAAACAUAUCAAGGAACUAUGUCAAAUCUAGAAUAAAUAGAUCGAUUAAGUUACCUUAGAUCUGAUUGAGUAAUUGCUGAUACUUGAUCCCACAAAAAGGCUGAAUGCAGCCCAGGCUUUAAAUCAUGAAUUCUUUAAGCAGGACCCAAAGCCUUGUUAACAAAACGAGAUGCCUCAAUUUGACAAAGAAUUUCAUGAAACUCUUUUGAAAAAUGAUAUCAGACUACAGUAGCAUAGAAGUGACAAAGUGUAAUAUAGGCCGUAACCAAUGGUUUCUUAAAAGUUUUAGAAAUUGAUUAAAGACGAAAGGAACUAAGCCAAACAACAGACGAAGGAGUAAUCUCCAUAGAGAGAUAACAAAAGUAAUUAAGAAGUGGAUUAUGGCGACUUAUUAAAAUUUGAAAUAGAAGAGAAAAAGAGAGUAAAAUUAAAUUGA